CGCUACAACAGACAUGAGUAAAACACGAACUCUACAAUAAUCGCGCCCUGAAGUCGCAACAGGGAAACUGUACAAUGGUGCCUAAAGAACUCGAAAAUGAAAAUGAGCUGAUGUCAUUGGUAGAUAAUUUAGUAGAUGAUGAAGCUGAGAGAGAGUUUCUCCUGUCGAAGCCAACAUGUUUUAUUAUUAUUGGAAAACCUGGCGUAGGGAAAAGUACUUUAGCCAAGAUGAUUUCAAUGGCAUGGAAUUGUGUCCUUAUUGAUGUUGCUGACCUUAUUAAUCAACAUAUAAGCAGGAACACAGAACAUGGUAUUAAGCUUUUGCAGAUACUUCAUGAAGGGGAAAGUCUUUCAGAAGAAUUGGUUACAACCCUUAUUCUAGACAAGUUGAACUCAGCAGAGGUUGAACAUUAUGGUUAUAUUUUAUGUUGCUUUCCAUCAAUGUCAGAAGACUAUCUGAAAAUUCCUGAACAGAUCCAGCUUCUGAAAAAUCUGAAAAUGAAGACAGAUUUCAUAAUAAAUAUAAAGUGCCCUGAUUAUGACCUGUGCCAAAGAAUUUCUGAACAACGUCAAGAUGUCGAAACAGGACAGAUAUACCAAAAAAAUGAAUGGGAUCCUGUCAAAGAAGUUAAAAUUAAAAAAUCAGAAGAAGAGGAGGAAGAGGAAGAGGAAGAAGAAUUUGAGGAACCAGAAGAAGAGCUAGAAGACAAACCUGAGAUUCAGAAGGACAAGCUGGUUAAACGGCCUGAAGAUUCACCUGAAAAUGCAGAAAAAGCAGUUGCCCAAUAUAAAGACACCAUGCUUAGACUAUUGGAGGAUUUUAUGGCUGAUCAUGAUCAACAGUACUUGUUUGAAUUAGAUGGCAAUAAGAGGCCCAUGGAUCUUUUUGAGUCAGUAAUUUCACGACUGGAGUUCAUGGGUCUCAAAAGAGCCGCUGUACCAAAAAGAUUAAUGCAAUCAGAAGAGGAGGAAGAGUCAGAUGAAAUUGAUACAGAUGAACUCUUAAGAACACUUUCAGGUACAAAUACAGUUGCUCCUGGAUACCGAUGGCGGAGGAGCCGGUGGAACAGAAGCUGCCCUGUUGCUUUAAAAGAAGGCACUAUAAAGUCCGGAAAGCAAGAAUUUGCUGUUGGGUUCUUAGAUAAAGUAUACGUGCUUUCUUCCCAUGAAGCUAUGAUGAAAUUCAUAGAGAACCCAAGGCCUUACCUGCUUCCACCCAUGCCUUAUCCCCCUUGUCAUGUAGCAGUGAUGGGACCAAAAACUUCAGGAAAAACAACACUUAGUCAACUACUUGCUAAAAGAUUUGAUGCAAAGCUUCUAGAUGUUGAAACUCUAAUGCUGCCUGUGAUUGCUGAGGAGAGAGCAAAAGCAUUGGAAAUUGUUCGAACAGAUGCACUAAGGAAUGCAAUUGUAACAGUAAAAAACAAAUUAAUAGAAGAACAGAGCAAAGCAGAAGGUGAAGCAAAGGGUGAAGGUGAACAAAGCACUGGAGCUUCGUCAGAUCAAAAGACUAGCGAUGAAGACCCAAUGACUAAUCCGUUGUUCCGUUAUUCGCUGCCACCGCAUUGUUUUCCCACCGUUAUCGCUCGGCACAAAUCAGCCCUUAUUAUUUUUAUCAUUAUCAUACUACGUGAAGAAAUUCAGCACUUUUUGCAAGAUGCCAAACCAGACAUGCACGCAAAAUUCUCCGAUGUCCGUUUUCUUAUAUCCCUAUCAUUUUUGGUCGACAUAUUUGAAUCUGUGAAUUCUAUCAACCUGGCGCUGCAAGGAAAAGAUAUCACAGUGCUCCAUUGUCAUGAAAAACUGACAGCUUUCAAAAUGAAGCUCGAACUACGGCAUGGGAAGUUAGAGAAUAAGAACUUUGCCCCAUUUCCACAGCUGAACACAUAUAUUGAUGAAAAUGAGCUUAACGUCGAUGGCAAUGUCCUUGAGGUGAUGAAACAGCAUGUAUCAAUUCUUAGCAAAGAAAUUUCUCACUAUUUUCCUGACCUACGAGAAUUUGAAAAAUACCAACGAUUUAUCAAUAACCCGUUUCUACUCUCCAUUAGUGACCUGCCUUCAGAGGACAAUUUAAUUCAAGAACAGUUUAUUGAUUUGAUAAAUGAUGGGGGUGCAAAACAUGUUUUCCGUGAAAUGUGUUGUAGUGAUUUUUGGAUUGAAAUGGCACAGUCAUAUCCCGAUGUUGCAAAGAUGGCUCUAACAGAAGAAUCCACGGUGAGUGCUGAAGGCACUUCUGAGCUGCAAGAAUCUUCGUCUGUAGCCUCUUCGGAUGCAACCAAGACAGAACAAGAUACAGAGUUGAAUGAAGAACAUCCUGAAGUCCAGGCUGUAGUGCAGCAGGCCAUUAGAGAUGCAAUGCUUGUGCCCCUUAAUUUGUCUCCUGACCUAUAUACAGACGUAUUGGAAAAAGCAAUUAAUGAGGCUCUCAGUGAGAGACAUUCUGAUCCUCCUUCAGGUGGAUGGGUGCUAGACAACUUCCCAAACACAAAAGAGCAGUGGAUAUCAAUGCAGGAAAGGGGAAUUCUGCCAGACAGUGUUUUCUUUCUCACAAACACAGAAGAUGAUGAAAGACUACAGGAAGACAGAAGAAAGAAACUCAUUGAGAAGAAAGAGAUAGAACAAAUGAAACUGGCUGCUGCUGCUUCAGAGGCUAGUGAGAGUUUACAGUCCGAUGAACUGAAGCAACCAGAAGAGAAUCAGCCAACUCAGCCAUUGCAAACUGUGGAAGAGGAACCUGAAGAAGUUACUUUACCUGAAACAUGGGAGAAAGGAUUCCCUGAAUGCCCUGAAACGGACAAAUACAAGCAACAAAUAAAAAUGUUUAUGCAGGAAUGGCAGAUCCUUGAGAGUUACAUUAUAGGUGCACAGACAGUUCGACUUUCUUAUAUGGAAAUAGCUGGAAAAUCUACAGAUACUCUGCUAAAUAAGGCCAUUGAAGAGAUGGAAAAAUUUUUUAGGUACAGUGCCUGGGAGAUGAGUGAUGCAGAUAUCAAUGAAGAAGAGGAAGAUGCUGAAGCAUUAGCCGCGGAAGAAGAAGAGGAAGGAGGAGAAGAAGAAAAUGAAGAAGAGCAAGAGGAAGAACCAGGAAUGCUGAAGAGCAGAGAGCUUGGGGAGAGCAAACAUUUCUGUCCUGUCACUUUGAAGGAGAAAAAUGUCCUGAUUCCAAGCACCGAUGAAACAGCUGCAAAAUACAGAGAAAAAGUAUACUAUUUUUCUAGCCCUGAAGCCAGAGAAAGCUUCCUUGAGAAACCUGAGGCUUAUGUGUCUGACAUGGGAACCCUCAAGGCUCCUGCUCCAAGAAUUCUACUCCUUGGUGUCCGUGGCUCUGGAAAAACAUCCCAAGGGAGAUGGUUAGCAGACAAGUUGGGAAUCUUCCACCUUCAGUUCAGGGAGAAGAUGCAGGAGCAGUUACUUCCCAAAAUGCUGAAAAGAAUCGUACCAGGAGAUGAAGAAGAGUUUCAAGAAGAACCAUUAUCAUUAGAGCAAAUAACUGCACAGGCAAUUGAGAGUAUUGAUGCACCUCAGAAAGAGGCAACUGAUGAGAAUCAAGAAACUACUCAGGUUCAGUUGAAUGAUGAGGAGGAAGCUAUCAAAUCUUUCCUGUUGGAAGGUGACACUUUGCCACCUGAGAUACUUUACUUUGUUGUGCCCAAGUGGUGGAAUAAAGAACCUUUCAAAUCAACAGGUUUUGUGCUUGAAGGAUUUCCACUAUCCACUGAGGACACCCAGUACCUUCUCGAGUCUGGACUGUUCCCAGAUACUGUUUUGAUUAUGUCAGUAGAUUUCAGUGACAUUUUAAAACGCCUGCUUCCUCCUCUAAUGAAUAAAUGGCGAAUUAAGAGAAAUCAAAAGAUGGCACGUACCAGGAUUGCUAAAGAAAUUAAGCAAAAAAGGCGGGAAGAAGCAAUUGCUAAAAGGAGAGCAGAACUGAUAGCUGAACAUGCUGAAAAGAAGGCAGCUCAAAAAGCUGAAAAAGCUAGUCAGGAAAAAGAUAAUGAAGAAGAGCCAAAAGACGAAGAGGAUGAUUGGGAGGGGGAGGAGGAGGACGAGGACGAACCAGAUGAUAUGAAUGAGAUUGAAGAAGCCCUGCAGGAUGAGUUUCCUCCUGAGGAAGAGGAAGAGGAAGAAGAUGAGCUGGAAGCUGAUGCAGCUGAUCGCAUGGAAACAAACAUGACAGAGCGAUUUGAGAAAGAAAUCGGCAACAUUGAGUCCAUCCAGGAAAUUCUUUCUGAGUACCAUAUUCCAUACACCUCUAUCAAUGCAGGAAGAAUGCCUCAUGUUGUACGUUACCAGUUACUCACACGACUGAAGUCCUUUGUAGAGCACAGAGAGGCUCUUUUUGAAAAAUGUAUACCAGUCAGCUAUAAUUUAGCUCGCAAACUGGUCCAAUGUUUAUUUAAAUUUCCUAGUGCUUUUGGAUCCUGGGAUCCUGUGAAGCUGAGUGAAGGAGAUGUUAUUCAGCCCAUGCUGGGUCCACAAAACCCUAGCCAUCCUGUAAUCUAUCGGCAGUUUGUUUAUUUUUUGUCGUCUAAGCAGAACAGGGAGAAAUUUAUGAUGAAUCCACUUAAGUAUAUCCGUCAGCCAAAACCCAAACCAUCAGUCCCCAUCAAAAUAGCCAUCGUUGGACCACCAAAAUCUGGAAAGAGUACAGUUGCCAGAAUGUUUGAACGAGAGCUCGGGUUGGAACGGCUAUCUAUUGGGGACUGUGUACGUUUAGUGCUAUCUACUCAGAGUCACACAGAACUAGCCAAUCAGAUAAACACGCAACUGCUCAAGGGGGGCACUGUUCCUGAAGAGCUUGCUGUUCAUUGUCUGGAAGUGGCCCUUAUGAACCUCGUCUGCAACACAAGAGGAUAUGUGCUUGAUGGUUAUCCUAUGACAAAAAAACAAGCAGACCUCUUGGAAGACCGCUGUAUAAUACCUGUACAAAUUAUAGAACUACACAUCAACACCAAGGAGGUUUUAAAACGAGGACUAAUGGAAAAGUUGAACACUGAAAGUCCCUUUCCAAAACAUGACAGUCCGCAAAUUCUCACCAUCAGAAAUUCCAGCUACAAACGAGAAAUUGAUAUUAUCAAAAGGUAUUACCAGGAGCAGUUCCAGAACUGGGUGACUAUUGAUGGAGAGAAGAGCAAGUGGUGGGUGUGGGAGAAAGCACUUGAAGAGGCAAGGACAAGUGUGAUUUACAUUCAGACAUACCUAGAACGGAUCAGACAAGGGAAAUCUGCCUGUAUUGAUCGCUUGUGUAUAACACCCAAAGAAUUAAAAUCGCGCUUGGGAGAAUUUCUUUACUAUUGUCCUGUCAGUCUUGCACUUGACAAGGAACUAGUGGACUGCUCUGUGUCACCAUCUUUACAAUUUGCUGCUGAAUUUCAUGGUCAUUAUUACAAAAUGGCUUCUACAGAGUAUUUACAAAAAUUUCUAGAAACUCCAGAGAAAUUUGUUCCACCAUUAGCACCUUAUCCCCUUCCUCCAAUGAAUAUGUUGCCAAAAAGACUAACAACAGCAGCUGUAAAAGCAAUGUUUCCAAGACAGGCUGAAAUGAUGGGAUUCUGUCCAGUAACAUUCCUGGAUGGAAAUUUAAGAUAUGAAGCACUUGUGGCAGGAACCAUUGAAUAUGCUGUGGAGUACAGGGGUAAAAUAUUUAUUUUUGAAAAUGAAGAAAAACUGGAUAAGUUCAUGCGGAAGCCUGAAAUAUAUUGGAAUCUGAAGCUUCCACAUAAACUGCCUCCAAAGAAGGAACCAGUGCUCCUCACCUCCCUCCCUAUGCUUGGAUAUCUUGAGCAAGGUGUUGCAACUGCUAUAAUAAAAGCUCUGACAGCUGUUGGCUGUUUGAAGCCUAAGUAUCCAUUUAUGAGCAUGAAGAAAUCAGCUCUGCUGUAUACAGCGUACCAUCUAAAAGCUUUCAACCCCAAAAAUUCUACUUAUGUGCGAAAGAAGUAUAAGAAAAAGAUGGAACAAUUUGAAGAUGGCUGCCAACUCAUAUCUUACCUAGGAUCCAUAAUGACGUCCAGAUACAAAGAGCCUAAAGAGCGACCGAAUGAUUUUGACCACAAACUUGAAAUAUUCUUGGCUCUUAAAGGAACCCAACCUGCAUUAUCAUUGGUUAUCUAAAUGACAUUUACAUUGGGUGAAUAGCAACCAUGCUCCAAGUAAUUUUUAUUUUUUUAGAGUACUAUAUGGGUAACAUUCAUACACUGAUCAGUCCUUUAUGUACUGUAUAUUGAUAUGUUAAAUACGGCUACACAUGAGCUGCAAAAGUGACCCCGUUGAUUCAAAGCAGAGGACUGCAGUAUCAUACAAUGUACUGACCCCUAAAACCUGUACUUUUCUGAUGAAUAUAGUAAAGGUCAGACUUUCUGUGUAUUGCAAUAUUGUGUAAGUUAAGGUCUUGUGUCAUUAGUUUACAUGUACUUCCUGAUAUCUCUCUGGUAUCAGUGUUACAAUUAUAGCCCUAAAGCAUUUUUGUGUGAUUUUUUUAUGACUACCAGUCUCUAAGCCUUUUUUGUAAAUAAACAACGUUUGACAAUUA